AUGUCAGAUAGCAAAGAUCAAGUUAUUACCCACACCGCCUCUGUGGGGGUCACCGCCGCCAACCCACUGGCCGAGCCCUCGAAGCAACAGACCGCGAUGACCCCGGAUGUCAAUUCCGCGGAUGGCGACGAGGAAUCCGUCUCCGAGGUGGCCCCCGCGGAUCAGCUGGAUCAGAAGAAGAAAGGGUUCUUGGCCUACUUCAAGACCAAGGAGUUCUACAUCACCCUGUCUCUUGGUCAGUUGCUGGCAAUCGCAAACACGGCGACCAGCACGUUCAGUACGCUGCUGAGCCAGAAAGGCACCUCCAUCCCGGCCUUCCAGACCUUCUUCAACUAUGUGUUGCUCAACCUUAUCUUCACUUCUUACACCCUCUACCGGUACGGCAUCAAGGGCUGGGCCCGAAUGGUGUACAAGCACGGCUGGAAAUAUAUCAUCUUGUCUUUCUGUGACGUCGAAGGCAACUACUUCAUCGUGCUCGCGUACCGAUACACCACCAUGCUCAGCGCGCAGCUGAUCAACUUCUGGGCGAUCGCCGUCGUCGUCGUCGUCUCCUUCAUCUUCCUCCGCGUACGCUACCACAUCUCGCAAGUGCUGGGCAUCCUGAUCUGCAUCGGCGGCAUGGGCGUCCUCAUCGCAUCGGACCACCUAACGGGCACCAACGGCGGCAACAUCUCCAGCGGCGACCAGCUCAAGGGCGACCUCUUCGCCCUACUAGGCGCCACAUUCUACGGCCUGGCCAACACCGGCGAAGAGUACUUCGUCAGCACGCACCCCGUCUACGAAGUCCUCGGCCAGAUGGCCUUCUUCGGGAUGCUCAUCAACGGCGCCCAAGCCGGCAUCUUCGACCGGGCCUCCUUCCGCACCGCCGUAUGGGACAGCGAGGUCGGCGGGUACCUAGCCGGAUACACGCUCUGCCUGACCUUCUUCUACUCCCUGGCCCCGCUCCUCUUCCGCCUCUCCUCCGCCGCCUUCUUCAACAUCUCCAUGCUGACCAUGAACUUCUGGGGCGUCUGCAUCGGCAUCAAAGUCUUCCACUACACCAUCCACUGGAUGUACCCCAUCGCCUUUGUCUGCAUCAUCGUCGGCCAGCUCAUCUACUUCCUCGGUCGUCGUCUGCUCGGCGAGUCCCGGAAGCCCUGGCUCGGCCAGAACCAGGAGCGAGGCAUUGCGGGCCUGUUCACCGCUAAGCGCCGGAUUGACCACACUACUACUACUAUUUCUACUUCUAAUUCUAACCGCGAUCUUGAUGAUCCCCGGACGACCGGUACGAGUGGGGUUUAG